UCGGCAGAGAGGGGUGGAGGACACGAAGUGGAGGCCAGUGGAGGGAUUAGAGAGGGGUGGAGGACACUGAGUGGAGGCCAGUGGAGGGACCGGCAGAGAGGGGUGGAGGACACUGAGUGGAGGACACUGAGUGGAGGCCAGUGGAGGGAUUGGCAGAGAGGGGUGGAGGACACUGAAUGGAGGCCAGUGGAGGGAUGGCAGAGAGGGGUGGAGGACACUGAGUGGAGGCCAGUGGAGGGAUUGGCAGAGAGGGGUGGAGGACACUGAAUGGGGGCCAGUGGAGGGAUUGGCAGAGAGGGGUGGAGGACACUGAAUGGAGGCCAGU